CAAACUGAACAGCCUACCGCCCGUCACUUCUCAUCCGAAGUUAAGCAAGCAAUACCUACUUUUCCUUACGUCUGCCUCUUACUUUUCCUUCAAGUACAACUCUAGCUCUCUCUCAAAUAAAGCCUAGUUGUUGGGAUAUCAAGGAUAUUGAUGCUGUUGAUUAUUCAUUCUGCAGAUCUAACCUCCCUUGACCUACACGUACUCUUGAAGUACAUUUGAACUCGCCACCAGUCAGGCCAAGUUUAUACUCUGGAUUGCCCUCAUCCAAGUAUUACGUGACACACAAAAGUGUCUUGGAAAAAGCAACUAUGCCCUUCGGAUUGGUUGCAGCGUGGAACAAGCGCCGGAGAAGCAAGUCCCAUGACACCAUAGACCCUUGGAUUUAUAAACCUCUGGAAUUUUGGCAACUUGAAGAUCAAACCCCUCAACCCAAGAAAAGGCACAAUGGAUCAUCAGUUUUCACGCUCAAAGAAAUGGAAAGAGCAACAAACUCAUUCAGUGAAGAGAAUUUUCUCGGAAAGGGAGGAUUCGGACGAGUUUACAAAGGCACUCUGCGGUCAGGAGAGGUGGUAGCAAUCAAGAAAAUGGAGCUGCCACCGUUUAAAAAAGCCGAGGGGGAGCGAGAGUUCAGAGUAGAAGUUGAUAUGUUGAGCAGACUUGCUCACCCAAAUCUGGUUUCCUUGAUAGGCUAUUGCGCUGAUGGGAAGCACAGGUUUCUGGUUUACGAAUAUAUGCAGAAUGGAAACCUGCAAGAUCAUUUAAACGGUAUUGGGGAAGCAAAAAUGGAUUGGCCUAAAAGACUCAAAGUGGCCCUUGGAGCAGCUAAAGGACUUGCUUAUCUCCAUUCUAGUUCUGACGUUGGUAUUCCAAUUGUUCAUCGAGAUUUCAAGUCCACCAACGUUCUUCUAAACGCCAACUUUGAAGCAAAGAUAUCCGAUUUUGGACUUGCCAAAUUAAUGCCAGAGGGCCAGGAGACCUAUGUAACAGUUAGAGUGCUUGGCACAUUCGGCUAUUUUGAUCCCGAGUAUACAUCGACAGGGAAACUCACUCUACAAAGUGAUGUUUAUGCAUUUGGAGUGGUUCUUCUUGAGCUUCUGACUGGACGUCGAGCCGUGGACUUAAACCAGGGACCAAACGAUCAAAACCUUGUACUACAGGUAAGGCAAAUAUUGAAUGAUCGGAAGAAACUGCAUAAGGUGAUAGAUCCAGAGCUGAGCCGAAGUUCGUACACCUUGGAGUCUAUAGCCAUGUUUGCAAACCUGGCAUCAAGAUGUGUCCGUAUUGAGAGUAGUAAGAGACCCUCAAUGGCAGAAUGUGUAAAAGAAAUCCAAGUGAUUAUUUAUUUAAAUUCAAAAGGCUUGGGCACGGCUAUGCACACUUUAAGAAUGGUCUAAUAAAGCCCAAUGUUUUAAGCAGGGUGUAAGUGCUCUAAGUGAAUAAAAAAGAGGAAGAAGAUCCUUUAUAUUCUA